UAUAUAUCGUAACCCUUUGGAGUGUACCACUGUGGCUCGUACACUGUUAAAAAAUGGAGGUGCUCAAGUGGAUGCGAAAGAUCGUUAUGGCAGAACGCCACUGUUCUAAGCUAUGACACAAUCGCUUUCCCUUGCGAGGUAUUUUCUUGACAAAGGAGCCACUUUACAUCUCAAUGAGAAUUGCAGUGUUUUGACAUUUUUUAUUGAGAAUUGUAUCUUCAAUUUAUCACAAAAAACAUCAAACCUGCAAGAUGGACUCAAUCUCCUGUCUGACUGCAAAGAGGUGGAAAGAAACACAAUUUUGGGAGCUAUAGCGAGUGUUGCAUUCUGUAAAACGCUUUACUUCAGGCCUGGUUCUUGUGAUAUUGACGUGGGUUAUCUUUCUCAGCUAAUGAGGAUAGCAAAUGAAAAUGCUUCAAACUUUAAGUUUUUUCAAGUCAAGUUUCCUGUGGGGAAAAUCAAAACCAUAAGUGAGAUCUCCACCAUGAUCCAUGAAGACAGCAACGAUAAACAACGGAUUGAGUCCGGAGCAGCAGUUGAAGUGUUUCGACGUCUUAUCAAAUUGGGUGCCAACCCAAACACCACAGAUUCAGAUGGCAACACUGCUCUUCACUAUGCAACUCAACUAGCAUUUCAUUGUGUAACACGAGAAACUGUCAUGGAAAUAUGUGAACAGCUAGAAAAGUUUAAUGUAUCGUUCCACAUAACGAAUCACCAAAACGAAACGCCACUUUUAUAUUGUCUAGCCAGGACAAUCGAGAAGGUAUCCAUAGAGGAAGAACCUUGGUCAGCUGUCAAGACACAAGCAGCUGUCUGUCGAUUCCUGGUAGAACAUGGAUCCAGUGUUGAAGCAAAAACUGGCAGUGGAGAGACUGUGUUACACUUGAUCAUAAGACUUCUUCAACAUGGCUUUUUGAAACGUAAUAGUCAAUCGAGAAAGGACGUUUCUGAUGUUGCCCUAGAGCUACUGGAAGUAUUUGUUGAUGCAUUCAAGAGAGGAGGAGUUUCUAUGAAUACCUAAGAUGAACAUGGAAACACAUCACUUCAU